AUGGCUGACAGCGCCAUUCCCGAGCGUCCAAGGGAGGAGAAUGCCCCACCAGCGACUACAACUGAAGGCGGCGAGGCAGGAGAGGGCGGCGAGAAGCUUUCCAAGGGCGCAUUGAAGAAGCUGGAGAAGKAAAAGGCAAAGGCGGAGAAAAAGGCACGACUGGACGCCGAAGAGGCGGCGCGAAAGAAGGAAGCCGACGCCAACGAUGUCAGCAAGGACGACUACGGCGAGCUGCCCAUGGUCCGCAAAGCCACAGGCGUCAAGCACGAGAAACUGGCCGAUUUGGCAAAGACACACCAGGACCUGGCCGAUGACGCUGCUCCCGCCGUCGUCUUCCGCGCGACAGUGGACAAUGCCCGCAAACAGGCGGCGACCCUCUCCUUCCUCAGUCUCUCCCAAGCUGGAGAUACCAUCCAAGCUGUGGUGGCCGCUUCCGAUACCCUUUCCCGUAACAUGGUCAAGUUCGCAGGCGGCAUCCCCACAGAGAGCGAGGUCAUUGUGCACGGCGUGCUGAAGAAACCCAAGGAGCCCGUUACGUCCACCACUGUCUCUCAUCUCGAAGUUCACAUCACCAAGCUCUACAUCCUCUGCCGUGCGGACGCAAAACUCCCCCUCCAGGUCGCCGAUGCUGAAGGCCGCAUUCCAGCUGAGGGCGAGGAUAAUGCCACCUCCUCGGAUGGAAAGGCAAUCGUCAGCUUGAACACCCGUCUCAACAACCGCACCAUCGACCUCAAAGCCAAUCUCAACCACGCCAUCUUCAUCAUCAAGUAUGGUGUGCAGAGUCUCUUCACCGAAUUCCUUGCCGCGAGAGGCUUCAUCGGCAUGAACAGCCCGCGCAUGUUGGGCGCUGCAACUGAGGGUGGCUCUUCCGUCUUUGAGAUCAAGUACUUCAACGAAAAGGCCUACCUCGCUCAAUCACCACAACUCUACAAGCAGAUGAUGAUCGCAGCUCGGUUCGAGCGAGUAAUGGAAAUUGGACCCAUCUUCCGCGCCGAAAACUCCAAUACCGCGAGACAUUUAACCGAGUUCACUGGUCUGGAUCUGGAAAUGGCAUUUGAGGAGGACUAUCAUGAGGUUGUCUCUCUACUCGAGGAGCUCAUGCUGUUCAUCUUCAACGGCCUCCGCGAGCGUUACCGCAAGGAGACCGAGCUCGUUCGUACGGUGUACCGCGUGGAGGAGUUCAAGCUUCCACCACCCGGCAAAGUCCCACGACUCCACUUUAAGGAAGGAAUCGAGAUGCUUCGGGCAGCCGGUGAGGAGCUCAACGACUUCGAUGAUCUCAGCACGCCACAAGAAAAGAAGCUCGGAGCGCUGGUGCUGGAGAAGUAUGGCACCGACUUCUACGUCCUCGACAAGUUCCCGCUCGCAAUCCGACCCUUCUAUACCAUGCCUGCCGAUCCCGGUGCCGAAUGCGUGAGCAAGAACGAGGGCUACUCCAACUCGUACGAUUUCUUCAUGCGAGGACAGGAGAUCAUGUCCGGCGCACAGCGUAUCCACAACGCGCAGUACCUGGAAAAGCGUAUGCGGGAGCAUCUCACUCCCGUCGACCCAUCAAGCGAUGGUCUGAAGGAUUACGUCAACGCCUUCCGCUAUGGAUGCCCGCCGCAUGCUGGUGGUGGAAUUGGAUUGGAGAGAAUUGUCAUGCUGUGGUUGGGAUUGCCCAAUGUGCGGUUAGCGAGUCUAUUCCCGCGUGACCCAGGUCGUUUGAUGCCGUAG